UUAAAAGAAAUUUCAAGUCCACAAGUCCACCAACUCUCGCUCUCACUAAAUAGUAAAUAUCCUAGUUAAGUACGGAUGGAGAAUACACAUCAGAAAAUCCUAUCUUGUUCAUAUUCAAUAGAAAUAUAAUUAAUUAUUUUUUUCUUAAAUUUUAAUUUUUUCUAUUCUCUCUCUUUCGGUUUUUAUAUUUUUUUUCUUCACUUUUAAUAUAUGUCUAUAUAUACGCAUAUAUAUAUUAAAAAAAAUCAUUGAUAUAAUAUCAGCAAAAGGUUGAGAAUCUGAGUCUGCAACUCUGGUGAGUGUUCUCUCUCUAAAACUUGUCAAUUUUCGGAUUUUGGGUUGUUUCUCAUUUGGGUCUUUGGUUCUCUUAUCUGGGUUGUGUUUGGUUUUCUUCUUCCUCUGUUUGGUUGUCGAGAAAAACGACGAAAAGAAAAUGAUUGGAAAGAAACAAGUUUUGAAUUUUUUGUUUUGUGGCUACUCAAGUGAGCCAAUUGGUUUCAUUGGGCAGUGUUGAUUCCAGGUCUUCCAAAUGGUGGAUUGAGUUUUUUGUUUUUUUUAAAGAUUCUGAUUGUUUUAUUUUGCUCCAUCUUCGCAGAAGCCAAACGAGCCCAAUUCGGGUGUAAAAGUUCACCAAGAUGAUGCCAUCGGGACCAUCAACAUCAAUUGGUGGUUCCCAGUCUGCCUCGGCUGCACUCCUGAGAUCGAACUCAGGGAUUUUGGCUCAAGGUGGUCCACAGGGAGCAUAUUCUUCACUUUCUUCAGUUCGGCCACAGUAUGACAUGAAUUUGGUCGGAAAUGCACAAAACAUCUCCUCUGGCCUCAGUCAAUCUCUUGGAAGUGGGGCAAAUGACAUUGCUUUCGCUCCACCAGCUGCAUCAUUUCCACAACUGAACAGUGGGAAUCCUGGUUCAUCCAGCCAAGUUCAAAACCAGCAUCCUCUAAACUCUUCUGGGAAUCAGGUAUUGCCAGAUCAACUGCAAUCUCAACUCCAACAGCUUGAGCGGCAGAAAUUUCACCACGGACAGCAGUUGCUGCAGCAAUUCAGCCAACAGCAGCUACAUCAAUUGCACCCUCAACAGCAGCCAUAUCAAGCAACUCAAGGUGGGUCGGGGGGUGUGGGUGUGAAUGAUCAAAAUUGCCCACAGCAACAGUUGCAAUUAUCACAACAGAACCAGGUUGGCAGAGGUAUUCCGCCUGUCAAAAUUCAACCUAAUCGUUUAGACCAACAAAUGUUUUUGCAGCAGCAACAGCAACGUCAACAAUUUCUUCACAUGUCGAGGCAGUCUUCUCACGCUACUGCUGCUCAGUUGAAUCUUUUGCAACAGCAGCGUUUGUUGCAGCUGCAACAACAAAAGCAGCAACAACAAUUGUUGAAGGCAACUCAGCAGCAACCCCAAUUGCAGCCCCAGUUUCAACAGCCAAAUCUGCCUGCAAAACUGGUCUAUGAACCUGGAAUGUGUGCUCAGCGUUUAACUCAGUACAUGAUUCAGCAGAAGCAUAGGCCUGAUGGCAACAAUAUUGAAUUCUGGCAGAAAUUUGUUGCUGAAUUUUUUGCUCCCAAUGCAAAGAAAAGAUGGUGUAUAUCACAAUAUGGAAAUAACCGACAAACAAAUAGCCCUUUUCCUCAGGAUGUCUGGCACUGUGAAAUAUGCAAUCGCAGGCCUGGUCGUGGUUUUGAAACAACUUUUGAAGUUCUCCCCAGGCUAUGCAAAAUCAAGUAUGACAGUGGCACUUUGGAAGAGCUUCUAUAUUUUGAUAUGCCCCAUGAAUAUCAGGAUGCAGCCGGUCAGAUUGUACUAGACUUUGCUAAAGCAGUACAAGAAAGUGUCUUUGAGCAACUACGUGUAGUUCGUGAUGGGCAACUUCGUAUUGUUUUCUCCCCAGAUCUAAAGAUCUGCUCUUGGCUGUUUUGUGCUCGGCAUCAUGAGGAACUUAUCCCUCGAAGAUCAAUCAUACCUCAGGUUAGUCAGCUUGGAGUUGUGGCGCAAAAAUACCAUGCUGCUGCUCAAAAUCCAUCAAACAUUUCAAUGCAAGAAUUAAAAAAUAACUGUAAUACGUUUGUCUCAUCAGCUCGUCAAUUAGCAAAAGCAUUGGAAGUGCCAUUAGUUAAUGAUUUAGGAUAUACAAAGAGAUUUGUGCGGUGCCUUCAGAUAUCAGAGGUUGUGAACUGUAUGAAAGAUUUGAUUGACUAUAGCCGAGAAACCGAGAAAGGACCUAUAGAAUGUUUGGCCGAGUUUCCUCGUAGAAGCAGCCGAUCAUCUGGGAUGCAUAACCAAUUGGAGGAGGAGCAACACCUUCAGCAGCAAAAUACAAGGCAGAGGAUGAAUAAUGAUGAUUAUGCUUUAAGGGGAUCAGCCACUCAGGUUUCUGCCUGUAAUGGUGUUCCAAGUGUCAGUAAUGGCCACAGCAUAACAUCUACUUCAACAUCUGCCACCGCAAUUGUUGGGCUUCUCUGCCAGAAUUCCAUGAACUCCAGGCAUGAAAACCAGAUGAAUAAUCCUAAUAGUCCCUUUUCCGCAACUCCAGGUCAGAUCCCAUCUGCUGGGUCCUCAACUACACCACCAUCAACACAACUCAACCCCUCCUCUCCUUUCUCGUGUCUGACACCAUCCUCAUCUCACAAUCCCACUCCACUUUCUCAGACUGUCUUAACAGCAGAAGCCACUGCAAACCACAUCACUUCAGAAAAUUCACCUACAAAUAUCCUUUUCCAAAAAUCCUCUGAGUCAAACGAGGCAGAUCCAAAUGAACACCUGAGCUCUGUUGAGAGAAUAAUACAAGAAAUUAUGAGUUCAUCACAGUUUAACAGUGCAGGUAGCAUGAUCAGUGUAGGUUCCGUUGGAAACAAUGUGAAAAAUGGUAGUGGGAUGACACAAAUAAACCACAGUUCUAUUGGUGGUGGUGACAGCACAAUGGGAAGCAGGAUAAAUAGCAAUUCAAGUGUUGGGGCUGCAGGAUUUGGAAACUUUGAUGGUGGAAUUGGUGUCUCUGCCACAGUUAAUAGAAUCAGAGCAACCAUGGGGAAUAACUCUAUGACCUCAAGUGUUGAGGUAGGCAUGCCAUCGAUGCCUCAGGAUGUUACUAUGAACAAUAAGCAACAGGAUAUGAAAUCUCUCAAUGGGGUUGGAGGAGGAUUAAAUGAUUUCAAUAAUCUCCGGUUCAACUAGAAAUCAUCUCCUUAAGGGAUUUUUUAGUCUUCUGAUCUGUUUGUUUCUCAAUAAUGAAAGUAACCUGCUCCUACUAAUCUGAUAAGUUUCUGAUGUUGAUGAAAGGUGCUCGUCCAUGGUGCAUUGGUGACUGCUUCGACAACAUGUGAGUUUGUAAGCUGUGAUCCAUAGUGACAGGGGCUUUUUCUCGGGCAUGGUACUAAUUUCAUAGGAAAAUGACACACAUAGUCUGGCAAUUUCCGUUUCAAACUUGAUCCUCUUUCAGUUUCUCCUUCUAUGCUCAGUUUAGUACCUCGUUUGUGGGGUUUCCUUUCAUAAUUAGUUGGUGUCUUAAGGUUUCACAUAGCAGCUUCUCUCAUUGUUUCAUAAUGGAAGUUCAACUAGAGGGACUACAGUUUUAGGAAGUUUUGAGGUUUCUUUGGUCCUUGUUGACUAUGGUAUAAUAACUCUGCUGAGGUAUAAAUUCCAUGGACUAUGUUUGUGUUUCAUUUUAGUGAGGAAAUCAUAAUGGAGGUCAGGCAUUUGUUACA